AGACAAGUGUGUCGGUGUCACGACACGGGGUUGCGACUACAAUGCUUAUGGAUACGAGGGCUGAUGCGCAAGGCGGAUCGCGAGAGACACAGCAGGCCUUGCCAACAGAGGCGUCGAUACUGGGGCCGUGGUGUGAAGUUGCAAACAGGACACGCGAGAGCAUGCAGGAGCACUUGGGGUCGACAUGUGGGUGUGCACGAGAGUGUCUUGGCCCGAGACAUGGGUGCACGCAUAGGCAAGUAGCCAUGGCACCCACGAGCGUGCGAGCACGGGUGCGAGCGCGACAUGGAACGCCCAAGAAGCGGGCCUGGCGUGAGUUGGCAGCAUCAAUGCCUAGGUCGUGGCAUAAGGUCGCUGUCAAGACACGUUUGUCUACCACUAGGCCUUCUUUCUUUGAUGGGACUAAUUAUAAUUAUUGGAAGACUAAGAUGAAGGUCUUCAUGCUUGCAAAUGUGCCCAAGGCAUGGAUUGUGACUAUGAAAGGUCCAUAUGUACCUAUGAAAGUUGUUGAAGAAAGAGAGGUGCCAAAGGAAGAAGUUGAAUGGAAUGAUGAAGACUUGGGGAAGAUCAUGAUUAAUAACAAAGCAAUCAACAUGCUUCAAUAUGCUCUUAAUCCAAUGGAAUUCCAUAAAGUAUCUGGAUGUGAUACGGCCAAGGAGAUGUGGGACAUGUUGGAGAUGAAAUCAAAGGAAAGCAUUCAAGAUAUGUAUACAAGAUUGAAUGAUAUAGUCACCAAUCUCAAGGCUCUUGGUAAAAUUUAUCCUUCCCAAGAAGUGGUGAGGAAGGUUUUUAAAAGCUUGCCUAAGAAUUGGGAAGCCAAGAAGACCGCAAUUGAAGAGUCUAAGGAUCUCAACACCCUCAAGCUUGAAGAUCUCAUUGGAAAAUUGAUGACAUAUGAGAUAGAAGUUCAAGUUGAUGGUGGAGUUGAAGUAGUUGAGAAGAAGAAGAAGGAUGUUGCAUUCAAGGCUAGCAACCAAAAGGAAAAGAGUGAAGAUGAUGCUAGUGAUGGUGAAAACAUCUCCACCUUGAUCUCUAGAGAAGUGAGGAGAUUCAUGAAGAAGAACAUCAAGAGCAAGCUUGCAAAAAGAGAUGAAGGAGAGUCUACCAAAAAGAGUGUGAAAUGCUAUGAGUGCAACAAGAUGAGGCACUAUAGAAAUGAAUGUCCCAAAUUGAAGAAGGGUGAGAAGAAAGGCAAGAAGAGCAUGAAGAAGAAAGCUUUUGCUGCCACUUGGAGUGAUGAUGAGACUAGCUCAACGGAAAGUGAAAGCUCCUUGGAGAAAGGUGCUGCAAAUAUUUGCUUCAUGGCUCAAGAAGAUAGCAACCAUGAUGAUGAGCAAAGUGAUGAAGAAGAAGGUGAUGCAGAUCAAGAAAUGGCAGAACAGGGGGACGAAGAACAUGGAGGUGACAGCCUAAGACCCUUUGAAGUCUCCAUGCAAAGGACUAACCGCGAAACCAUGGAGCUUAUGAUAAAUGAGAUGCGACAGUUGCACACUGACUUCUAUGGUUUCCGGGCAGAAAUGAGAGGGAGGAUGGAUACCAUGGAUGGAAAGCUUGAUCAGCUUGUUAACAAUUUUUUUCCUCCACCCCUACCUAGUGCCACCUAACUUGAUGUUUCUUUAGUUUGGCUAAUCUUUAGGAUGGACAUCUUAGGGUUAUGCAUUUUAAGUUUUUAAGUUUGUGACUAUGUUUUUUCUUUGACUAUGGAUAUUUCUUGAACCGUUUUAUCAUGUUUUGUGAAUGGUAAUGGAAUCACUUGUGUUAUCAUGCUUUGUGAAUGGUUGUUUAUGAUUUUGAUGAUUGUAUCCUCUUAUUGAGGGGAAGCAUUUUGUGCUUAAAUUGCUCUUCUUAAUGGUUAGCAUGCUUAAAUGCUUUAAAGAUUGAUGUGCAUGAAUUAAGGGGGAGUUUGUUGAUUAUGUGCUUUUUGAUGAAUGACAAAAAGAGGGAGAGAAUAUGCUAAAUUUAAUGUCAUUUUCUAAAGUAUCUUUAUGCUGAGAUUCUGGUUAAUAUUGAAAUAUACAUGUGCUUUCAUU